AUGCAUAAAAUUCCCAACGUGCCGUUGGGCAAAGUCCAGCAAAGGCAUGUUGUCAGAAUAUUUUUUCCUCGCCUCUACAGCGCAGCCCAGCUUAACGACGACGUCCACGUAUCUCAAGAGGAUUUAGCCCUCAUUUACGAUCGUUGCCUCCGUCCUACACUGAUAGAGGUCGUGCCAGAGUUUCGAGACCGCUUACCAACUUCCUAUGCCGCUGCGUUCACACACUCCAAGACUUGCAGUGGGGGGCUCGCAUUCGGCAGCCUUGAUAUCCCUCCGGACAGAUUGGAACGAGUUGCUGAAAUAUUCCUUGCUAAACUUGGGGAGCAGAAGAGUACUUUUAAGGACGCCUAUUUCGUCCACGAGUUGAGAGGAACAAAAGGAAGCACUAUGCAUAAUGGGGAGGAUGAUGUUGAAAGACACUUCGCUUUCCAAGACAUGUUCGAGCAUGUAAAUAUUGACGCUUUGGAUCCUCGCGACUGGCUCGUUGACGUCGCUCUGACCAUCGGGGCAGAGGGGCAUGUUGUCACCUGGCGCGAGUCUUGUCACGAGGAGCUCCUGAGCCACCUCAUGCCAGCCGCACCCCUGGAAAAGAUUUCUAGCCUCACGACAAGGAAAGACAAAUUCCAUCUUGACCGCACCUUGCAGAUGAAGGAACUUGCCGGCUUCCGUGCCACCACGACAGAUCUUGCAGACGACGUUUCCUAUGUUCAGGCAUACUGCACUGAGAAGAACGCCUCUUACCAAUUAAUACCAGGGGUGUUUCGCCGAAGAAAACCUGAGGAGCUUUUAGAAAAGAAGAAGGAACGGAAGGUCCUAGCUGACUUGGAUUCGAUAAGCCAAAUAUACUUCGAAUGCGCUGGGGAAGAGAAAGGUGUGGAUGGUCGUGAUGGCUGCGCGCGCUUGGAGAUUCGAGUCCCGCUGGAUAAGGCCAUUCAUGCUUUGUCUACUCUCCCUGAAGAACUGAUUAAGCGCGCCGUGGUUGUAAUUAAAAGACGAGUUUGGUGGUGA